AUUAGUACUAAAAGGACACAAAUCAAACAGAGAGAGGCUUCAGCCUUCAGUUGGUUAUAGCUAUGGGGAAUGAAAACUUUUUCUCUCUUUUGGCCAAGAACUUUGAUGUCGUUGCUGGGCCUCUGGUUGCUCUUGUUUAUCCUUUGUAUGCUUCAAUAAAGGCUAUAGAGACCAAGUCUCGUGCGGAUGAUCAGCAAUGGCUUACUUACUGGGUCCUCUAUUCUAUGAUCACACUGUUUGAGCUUACAUUUGCCAAAGUCAUUGAAUGGUUCCCAAUUUGGCCUUACGUGAAGCUGGCAGCUACGUGCUGGUUGGUGCUGCCUCAGUUCAAUGGAGCAGCAUAUGUGUACGGGCACUAUGUUAGACCUUUCUUCAAGAACUACUCUCAAACUACCAACAUCUGGUAUAUCCCAAGGAGGAAGAACAUUUUCAAGAAGCAGCCUGAUGAUAUUCUAACUGCUGCCGAGAGAUAUAUUGAAGAGAAUGGAACCGAAGCUUUUGAAAGGCUCAUAAGAAAGGCUGAUCACAGAGAAGCAAGAGCCAGGAGCAGCAACUACAUGGUCUUUGAAGAUGACUACAUGUAUUGAUCUCUGCUGUAGUCUGCAAAAUUUGACCAAUUAAUUUGGGUUCCAUGCAUCUUCCUUUUAUCACAUCCACCUCUAUGAUGUUGAAACGCUAUGAAAUGUCUAAUAUUGAAUUGGUCUCUCUCUCUC